CCUGUUUCUAGGCAGAGUCGAGCUAGCUGGACAAUUUUCCAGUUUGCAGUCUGCAGCUGGCCAGCGCCUCCAUUUGUGGCAAAGAAGAGGACUGCAGGAGGGUGCUAAGUUGCAAGGCUAAGAGAAGGGCCGUCCAUCGUCAAAUCGGAGCUCAGCACAUUGCGCAGGCCAAUGGCGGUGCAUUUGGAGAAAGAUGGGGAUGUCUUUGUCCUCCGGUUGGUGGGGGAAGGAGAGCACAGGUUCAACCCCACAUCCAUGGCAGCAAUCCAUAAAGCACUUGAUGAGGUGGAGAAAUCUGAAGGCCAUGUCGCCCUCGUAACCACCAAUGAUGGAAGAUUCUUCUCUAAUGGGUUGGACCUUGCCUGGCUACAGAAGAAUCCAACACAGCUCCUGUCCUUCAUGCAAUCCUUCAUGGAACUGCUCUGGCGCGUUCUCCACUUCCCUGUGCCGACAGUUGCAGCUAUCAAUGGCCACGCAGCGGCUGGCGGCUUCAUGCUUGCUCUCGCUCACGACUACCGGGUAAUGCGCACGGACAAAGGCGUGUUGUAUCUAAGCGAGGUUGAUAUCGGGCUCCCACUGACCCCCGGCAUGAAUGCCAUUGUGCGGUGUAAAAUGUCUCCUUCCGUUUUUCGAAGCGCCGCUCUCUUCGGGACGAAGUUCAACGGUCGAGAUGCGCUCAAGUCUGAACUGGUGGACGAGACUGGGGAAAACAUUGAGGCGACCCUUGCUGCGGCCAUGACAAAGGCGAAACAGCUGGCCGCGCGAAAGUGGGAGCGAAGCGUCUACAAGUCACUGAAGUUGGAAAUGUACAAGGAGGCCUUGAAAGCUCUCAAGGAGGGCGGCAUGGGCUACGGCACGAAAGCAGGCGCUUUCUCAAGAAUGUAAUUUCUGGACGAUUCGUGUUUAUAGCAGCACUCUGUAUCAUACAUAUGAAUUCGGUACAUCCGUUCACCAUGCACAUGAGGAUAAUCACGCACGUUGUGAUCAAGUUUUACAAGACACGUAUACUUCGAUUCAUUGCUUCAAUAUGGUCAUGUACGGAGAAGGACCUUCGCGAUGCCAUCGUCAAAACGGAGACCCCCU